CCUACUAUGGUAGCCACAACUGUUUGGUCUACAAUCAUUCUUCGAAGUAAUCUGUGUUCAUCAUAACAAAUAAAUGCAUACACAUCGAAAGUGAGUAAAUGAUGACACCAUUUUUGGCGUAACGCAAACCGCUCCAUUUCCACAGAUGGCGCUAGUGUGCGUUGUUUGCAAAACCAAGUCACCCUCUGCGACACAUUGAAGCAAUAGUUGGACAGUAACCCGCUUGUGUCAAGAUGCACUUUAUCAUACACUUUUUUCUAUUGAUCUUACGUUAAGUAUACAGCAAAUUACUUUCUGUAAUCGCUUUGGCCGAAACAUCGAUUUCUGCGUGUCAUUAAAAGUCAGAGUUUUCAUUUGACAAUUGAAUUAUUAAGAUGAUGGUGAACAGUCUCUCAUCAUUUCAGACUCAGUUAACGUCCAUCAUGGAAGCCCUGAUGAAAACAGCUAUAUUGGAGAUAAGCCGACUUGUCGACAUAGAGUGUAAAGUUAUGCAGUUGGAUGUGAGCCGCAGUCGCAGUGAAAUCAGUGAACUGAGGCAGAGACUGAAGCUGAUGGAGCUCCAGCCAGGGACUGCACAGAGGCAGAUACAUGACGAAGUGAGGACAAGCACUGAAAAAAAGAGAGAAUGUGGCCAUGAGGAUAUACGCAGUCCUUUGUGCACAGCUGAUGUCAUGUUAAGGGACACACCAAGGGUAAUUGAAAGAGACCAAGUUGAAUGUAGAACAUUAAUGGACAGUCAGCAGCAGUGUGACAUAAAUCAGGCAAUUAUUAUGAUAAAGAAUGAGGAACAUGAUGUUGCCAUUACAAGAUGGGAGAGCAGUGAAAAGGGAGCCAAGGUUGCCCACUGUGGUGAAGAAAAGCCUACAGUAAGCCUGUCAUCUAUCAAGGAUGCUGAAGGUAAAGUUCUUUAUGUUGACGAAGGAAGCCAAGAAAACAAAACAACAAAGGUCCCACCCCGAGCAGAAUCACUGCAAUCAAAGAGAAACACCUCACCUGGAAAAAUGACAGUAAAUCAAGCAUUACGGUUUUCAUUCAGCACAUGUGCACGACUAACGGAUACUUCUUCAUUAAGUCACCCACAGAGUUUAAAUGCCCCAAAGUCCAUGAGAACUUGCAGUGAGGUUGUCUCAAUAGACAAGCGUUUUGUUUGCAGCUACUGUUCAAAGAGGUUCAGGUGUUUCAGUCAACUCGAGGUACAUCAGAGGAGUCACACAGGUGAGAAGCCGUACAGGUGUACGCUUUGUGGAAAGAGGUACGCUCAGAAAGGACACCUGUACACCCACCAGCGCACACACACCGGAGAGAAGCCAUAUCGUUGUCUGCUCUGUGGAAAAGGCUUCAUUCAGAAAUGUACUCUGGAUAUGCAUCUGCGAAGUCACACCGGAGAAAAACCAUUCACUUGUACGAAAUGUGGCAAAGGAUUUACAAAGAAAUUUAACCUUAAUAAACAUCUUUCUUGUCAGUCUUGCAAUAGCUGACCAAUGAAACUAU